AUGGAGGCAGUGGCGGAGUGGACAAAAAUAUUUCCGAAACAUAUUACUGAAUCUUACACAAGUUCUGUUAGAUUCAUGAAACAACUGACGGUAGUGGCCAUGAGUACCAUAACAUACCUUAAAAAUGUGUUUCCUGAAGAUAGUUAUAUGGUCGAAACCUUUGGGGGUCUUAAGAUAAGAAUUUUGAAGAAGAAAUGCCGCGAUGAAACUGCUCAAUUUUUAAGCACCGCUUUGAUACAGGCAUUUGAAGCGUUUGAUAAAAAAUAUCUUCACAAACUCGCGUUAUGUUUCUAUGAAGAUAAGUGCGAGAUAGAGAAUCUAAUAGAGUACCAUAUCUUCGAGUACUCUUACAAAGGUGAUGGGGUUACCAUGAACAUACACUCCAAAGGUCGGAACAGCUCCACGCAAACUUUUAAAUGCACGUUCGAUGACGUCAAGGAGAGGACUAUCCACAUGAUGAGGGCCUGCGUAGUCAUAAUGGAGUCCUGUCAGCAGCUACUACCGCCGAGUUAUGAAAUCAGCGUGCGCCUCUACUAUAACGAGGACGCACCGAUGGACUACCAAGCUCCAGGCUUCCAAAGCGCCGACAUAGAUGAAGACCACUUGGCUUCCACGUUAUCGGAAACCAUCAAGAUGGGCUGGGUAGAGACACCCUUCCACAAGCUGGUGGCCAGGUCCUACAGGAAGGAUAACCUCAAAUCCAGUCACGAGGCUAUCGCCUCUCAAAAUCCGCCAGUGAUGUCGCAAAAUGAAAUGGCCGAGUUGACAGCAUCAUCUCGCAAACAUAUACCUGAAGAACCAUAUACAUGUCCGUGCUACAGCUUUAACAUUGACGAAGUGUACGACUCCUCGGAUAUGCUCACUUGCUUUUACUGCAAGACAAAGCAGCACGCGGUUUGUUUCGGCGUGCUGAAAGAACAGAUCGCGAGUAUCGAGCGACAUUGCUGUACCAAUUGCUCAGAUUCCGAUCCCACGCGAGAGCCCACCGAUGUCAGGUUGAAAUCACUCGGACUCAAGCAGAGGGAGAGCUUGUGCAUAUACCGUCGUACGCUGAGCUGGUGUCUAACGCGCACUUGUGUGAGCGUGGCGCAACUUUCUGAUCUGGGCGUGUCUAAUAGAAACGCACGCAAACUCGUCGACUUGUUGCGCUCUCACGGAGUUUUAGACGCACUCAAGGAUACUGACCCGGAAAUCCCACAAAAUAUAAACAAGAAUCGACUGAAAGUAGUGAUAGGCAAAUUGUUCCUAAACAAGGGAGCAGAAAACAAUGAUAAUCGUCUUCUAGAAGGAAGCUUUGCCUCGCAAGAGAGCAGACCCGAUUUCGUUGAGAAUGUGUCUAGCUUGAUGGACAAGAUAAAUCAUCAAAACGUGACAAACGUAGGUCAAGUGGCAGACCUAUUACAAGACUUAUCUACCGUAGAAGAUAUACCCUCACAGCAAUACAAUGAAGGUGUAUUUUCCAACGCAAUUGAUGAAGAAAUGCCUUUGGGUACUCCGAAAAAGGGUAAAUUGGGGAAAGGGAAAAGAAAAUUGGAAGAAAAAGAAAAACCUACGAGGACUGGAGUAAGGACUAAGCGGGCUAGGAUUCUUAAAAAUUUUUACUAUCGUUCGAGUCUUUAUUAA